AGCUGUUUCAACUAAACUCUAGGGGCAACCCUUCCCCAGGUCCAGUCCUGGCGGUCCUGCCAUGGCAGAGAUCUCAGAGGAGACUCCUCUGGGCGGCCAGCAGGAGCUUGCAGGUAUCCAAGAAACCUCCGUGCGACAUGGCUUCGUGCGGAAAGUGUACAGUAUUUUGGGCUUCCAGCUUCUUAUGACCACAGUCAUCGCAGGAUCGAUCAUGAAGUAUGGAGAGAAGCUGAAAAGAGAGAAUCCAGCAAUAAUUGUGACUUUGGUUGUCGUGUCCUCUUUCGCCACCCUGGGUAUGAUGUUUGUCUUCAUGUGCUGUCCUGCCGUCAUGAGAAAGACCCCGCAGAACUAUGGGCUGCUAGUGCUCUUCACGCUGGCAGAGUCGGUGAUGGUCGGCUUUAUUUGCGUGCAGUACACAGCGCAGUCCGUGCUGGUCACCUUUGCAAUCACCGCAGUGGUAGUGCUGGCGCUGACUCUGUACUCAUGCCAAACAAAGUAUGACUUCACAGGCUUGAUGCCAUACUUCUUCGUGUUCUCCCUCGUGCUGUGUGGCCUCGGCUUGGCGCUGAGCAUCGCCGCGAUGUGCGGCGCCAGCCAGAACGGCGCCUUCAGGAGCAUGUACCUCAUGUAUGCAGCGCUCGGAGCGCUUCUGUUCUCAGGCUACAUUGUCCUAGACACGCAGCUGAUCGUUGGUGGGAAGCACGCUCGGUUUCGAUUUACAAUCGACGACUACUGCAUGGCUGCCAUCACAAUCUACAUGGACAUUGUGCAGCUCUUCCUUUUUCUAUUGCAGAUGUUCGGCCAGCGCCGCCGGUGAGGGUAGAUGCUGGUUCUCUUCCAGCGAGGAAGUUGAUGACAUGGACCUCGUACAGAUACGCCCAAGGCAUGUCGUGCAGCCAGGAAGAACGCUUCAACAA